AUGUCCAAUCGUCUGUUAAUAUUCGGCCUCCUGCUGCUAUCCACGCAGCUUCUCCAUCUUGCCAAUGCCUCAGAAGCCACCAUCGAUAUCACGAUCAGUGCCGAGGAUCUGGAGGACGAUUCGGAAGAAUCGAAAGAAGAUAUUAGCGACCCUUUCAUGCCCGAUGAGAAGGCUGAUAUCGAAUUUAGCAAUAAAGAAGUAGUCAAACGCAAGGAGGAGUGCAACAACCGUGGGAUGGGUAUCAACCAAGUGAUCAUCGGAGUGAAAAAGAAGACGGCGCAGGCUGUAAACACCACGGCGAACGGUCGAUUCGGGUUGGCUCUGGAUCGCGAUGCCGCUAUUCAGGCGCAUUGCAACACUCGGCGUGCCCCCAGGCAACAACUCAUCCAGGAAAAGCACGAAAUCAGGGCGAAGCGGCAAAGGUUGAACCAGGGACCCAUGGGGAUUACGGAGCUCCGCGGCUACGUCGCUGCGCGAAAAGACGCGAAACACGCGGCGGCAAACGCGACGCACGCGCUGCAAGCAGCCCAGCAGCAGCUGAAGACGCUCGUUGACAGCAAAGCCCCGAAAGUCCAGCUGGAUGCUCAGCGUAAAUUGGUCAACCAAGCACGAUCAAGAAACCAGCGGGCCAUCAAGAAACUGCAGAACGCUAUCAACGAGCACAAGAUUGCGAAGCGCCGGUUCGUGACGCUGCACCCGAAAAAUGCCGCCGUCCUGGCCGCCAAGCAAAAACUGGAGCAGCAGCCGAAGAAGGCCGGGAAAGUUGGAGGAGCUGUCCUGAAGCCGAUUCUCGCCGCAAGACCACCUGGAAAACCCCGUGGAAAGCGAGCUGCCAACAAUUCCACGACGCUCCGCGCUGACGGAAAGGGAGUGGACGCGAAGGCGACGAGCUAUGAAGAGUGCAUGACCAUCGCUUGUCUAUGCAAAUUUUGGAAUGGCACCGCUUCUCAAAACUGCACCUACAAGGGGGUACCAUUGACGAAGUCAAUCCGCAAGGAGUACCACAUGCUGACCGACUCGGAGCGGCAACGUUACCACGCCGCACUCACCAAGCUGAAGGAGAAGGGCGUCUAUGAUGUUUUUGCCACUUUCCACGCCGCGGCGGCCCACGCCGUCAACGCGCAUAACGGCCCCGCUUUUCUGCUAUGGCACAGAGAACUGUUGAAGCGUUACGAGCUCGAGCUCCGCAAAAUUGACCCGCUCGUCGGCCUCCCCUACUGGCUGAGCAGCGUCAACAACUACGCCCCGAAACAGGGCGAAAUUGUGUGGCGCUCGCAGAAGCAGAUCACGUUUAGCGACAACUUCAUGGGCACCCCAGUGGGAGCGAUCACGGCUGGACCCGCGGCUGGCUGGAAUAACACGGCUAAAACCGGUCCUCUCACCCGAAACGUCGGUCGUAGUCUCGUGUACUACGUCACCACUACCGUCUCGCAGAUCAUGAAAUACGCCUCGGAUUACACGUACAUCUUCCGGGUUUUGGACCCGAUUAAGAUGUGGCGUCAAAAGUGGCAGGAUCGUGAUGAGCGUGAAACACAGUACCCCUCGGAUGACAUUAUAUCUGGAUGCGUAUCUUCCACCCAUUCUGGUGGAGCCGCGUUGGAGCCGUUUACAAAUCUUAGGGUUAUCGACGCGCUCUCCAACCUCUACACCGACGAGCUCUACGAAUACGGGACACCACCAAGCUGUACGGCGGCCAAGCCAGAUUGUGGCAGUCCAUACUUGUUCUGCUCGUUGAGCAACGUCUCGUGGUGGGAGACGGCCGACUCGAUGGUCAAGUGCAUGGCCAAGAUAUUGCCAGGCGGAUCGUGCGGCGACUUCGUGAAGGGCGAGAGCCCGUGCUACCAGGGGAAAUGCGUCAAUGGGAAUUGUGUCUUGGAUCUGGGAAUUGAUGGAGAUGACGUGCAGGACAUUGAAAUACCCGAUUCUUCCGACGAAAAAGAGGGUUUGGAUCCGGAGCUACCGGACGAGAAGCCGGACGUCAAAUUUGCCACAAACGCCAACCAAAAAAGCACCGGCCGAUUCGGGCUGGCCAUGGAUCGAGAUGCGGCGAUAAAUGCUCACUGCCAUCAUCGAAGAGUUCAACGACGAAAAUUGGCCGUUUUGAGACAGGAAAAUCAUGCCAGAAAGCAGCGGCUAAACCGUGGCCCAAUGGGGAUUACGCAACUUCACGAAUUCGCAAAAUCUCUUACAACAGCCCAGCAAGCUUUGAAAAAUACGUCGGCUGAAUUGCAUGAGGCGCAGAAGAAGUUGAAGGAAUUGAUUGGAACUGCUAGUCCAAAUUGCCACUACAAGAAGCUCCCGUUAACGAAGGCGGUUCGAAAAGAAUAUCACACCCUCACCGAUGUAGAGCGGAAUCGAUAUCAUGCCGCGCUGAAAACGCUGAAGAAAAAGGGGGUCUAUGAUGUAUUCGCCACCUUCCACGCAAAAGCCUCAAAUGCGAUGAAUGCCCACCACGGGCCUGCGUUUUUGCCCUGGCAUCGAGAGCUGUUGAAACGCUAUGAACUGGAACUCCGCAAAAUCGAUCCACGCGUUUCUCUACCCUACUGGCUGAGCAGCGUCAACAACUACGCGCCAAGAGAGCCAGACUUUCCGUGGCGUUCCAGGCAACAGAUAACGUUCAGCGGUCCAAUAACACGGAACGCUGGGGAUCGUAACGCAUAUUUCGUGUUGACGAACGCCGCCCUAAUCCUGGAAUAUGCCACCGAUUACACGUGGGUAUUCCGGACGCCACCACCUUAUAUGGAGUCUUGCACCACGGACUGGUUCAAAUCUACGCAGCCCAGCUUCGAGGUCUACCAUGGCUAUGGGCAUAUGACCGUUGGAGGAGAUAUGAACACUACGGCGACAGCGGGCGCGGAUCCGCUGUUCUUCAUGCAUCACGCCAACUACGAUCAGUUAUUCGAGACAUGGCGCCAGAAGUGGCAGGAUCGUGACGAGCGUGAGACCCAAUACCCAUCAGAUGACAUCAUUUCUGAAUGUACUUCAGCUACACACCAAGCUGCCGUGGCCAUGGAACCAUUUACGAAUCUUAGGGUUAUCGACGGCCUCUCCAAUCUUUAUACCGACGAGCUCUAUGAGUACGCCCCGGCGCCGAGCUGUUCGGCGGAGAAACCGGAUUGUGGUAGUCCAUACCUCUUCUGCUCGUUGAGCAACACCACGUGGUGGGAGACCCAGGUGCCGGUCAACUGCCUGGCGAAAAUGAUGCCGGGUGGUGAGUGUUCUCAUUUCGUCUCUGGGGAGAAGCCAUGCUACCAAGGAAAAUGUGUUAACGGGAUCUGUGUGGUUCGUUUUGAACCU